UAGGCUAAUCGAAGUUUACUGUUUUCUUCUUCCUCCUCUUCUCGGUUCUUCCUCUUUUGGCGUGAGAAAGUCGGAUUCAAGGUCGCCGAUUACGGCGUUAAAGGUGAUAAAGGCUGAAGAGUUACGGGAGUUGGUGCUGUGAGGAAUGAGUCCGACAAUGGCUAAAAGCUUGGAGUGACCGGCGACCGGCAGCUGCGGUGUUGAAGAAAAGAGUGGCGACCGCUGAAAGCUUGGAGAACUCCCGACGGGCGGCUGGCUUUGGGUGGGAUGGAGAUGCACAAGUUGAAGUAAAUGGAGUGUGAAAAGAGAGCUGAGGCGAAAAGUUUACUGGAAAUUCUACCUCCCGUCGAUUUUUGCUGUAUAUAUGGCUCCAUACUCCAUCCAAAUAAUCUUGACAAGACUUCCAUGAUAGAUUACAUUAUUGGUGUGCAAGAUCCUCAACAAUGGCACACCAAGAAUCUUAAAAUGAAUCAGAAUCAUUAUGCAUCAUGGAUGAUGCACCUUGGUGGAGCGAGGCUGAUUACCAAUGUUGCAGAUGUUAUUGGUGUUGGUGUGCACUUCAAUCCAUUUGUUGCUCACAAUGAUAAGACAUUCAAGUACGGUGUUGUUCGAGUGCAUGAUUUGAUUCAGGACAUUCUAGGAUGGGAGAGAUUCUACCUGGGUGGCCGGUUGCAGAAACCUGUUAACAUCCUUGUGGACAAUCUGGAUAUUGGAAAUCUGAACUGUGUUAAUCUGAAGGCCGCCACCUCUGCUGCUCUCCUUCUUUUGCCAUCAAAAUUCAGCGAGGAAGAGUUGUACUUCAAAAUAUGUAGCCUCUCAUACAUGGGUGACUUGCGCAUGCAUUUUGCAGAAGACAGAAACAAGGUGAAAAAGAUUGUACAUGGACAGCUGAAGUUAUUUCAAACAAUGUAUAAGCCAUUUUUAGAAGAGUAUGCAGCCAAGCACUUGUUGAGGCUUUCGUUAUCUGGUGAUAACAAAGUAAACAUAACCCAGGAUUGUGGGUUGUCUACAUCUCGUUCUCUUAUCUCUUAUCUUCCACAACCACUCAGAAGUCAAAUGGGGACGGAACUUGGAGAGAAGAAAAGAUUUGAUGAAUCUGGUCGCACUGUUCGAGAAGUGGUAAUAAAAUCAAAAGAAGAAGCUGCAGAAUGUAUGCAGAAGAUUUUGAGACGAAAAGUUAUGGUUUCAAGUGCAAGACAAGCUGUUGCUGGUCUAUUGACCGUUGGGGUAGUUCAUGGAUUCCAAUAUCUUGGUAAUAAAAUGAGAAAGGCCUGGAAAUCUUGGACGUGAUCUUUUGAUUUUUGCUGGAUUCUUCCUUUGACUGGAACGACUCUCCGUGGACAAUCUAUAUACAAGGGUUUAUUAUUGAAUUACCAGCAAUUUCCCAAUAUUUGCCACAUCUGCUGCGAUCCAUAGAACAGAAGAAGAAAGGAAAAAGACAAGGAAUACCUUUAUUUGCCUCAACCCAGGAAAUAUUUACAAAUGACAAGGAGCUGCUGAAGUACAUUUCUUUCUUUCUUUUUAACUUCCUUCGUUUUUUCACUUUAAUUAUGCAGAAGUGUCAGAUUUGACAAUUAACAAGUACAUUUGACUUUGCUUUAGUGACUUAUGAGUAGAUAUGGAGAUUGUUUAUUAUCAAGUUGGAAAGGAUAUUUAUU